GGGAGCGGGCUGGGCGCUGACCGAGCGCGGCCCACAGCCGAGCCGUGGGGCCGGGAGCGGCUGGGCGAGGGACGACAGAGUUGUGUGGGUGCUGCCGAGACAACGGGAGUGGCUGGAUGCCCGGGCUGGGGGGCGGCGGUGGUCGUUUAGGCCUUGAGGUUGACGUAGUUGGCCCCGUGAGGGGGAUUUGGGUGCGGGUGGUGGCAGUGUGUGGAGGGGUGUUUCUAAGCUGCGCCCUGGGGAUAUGGUUGGGCGUUGGGUGACCAGAGGCGUUGGGGGAAAGUGUGGAGGGGAAGUUUGGAUCACAGGUCUUAUGAGGAGCAGCUGAAGGAACUGGGUUUGUUCAGUCUGGAGAAGAGGAGGCUCUCUACAAGGCCCUGAAAGGAGGUUGUGGUGAGGUGGGGGUCGGCCUUUGCUCCCAGUUAACAGUGAUAGGAUGAGAGGGAAUGGCCUAUAGUUGUGAUGGGUGAGGGGGUUCAGAUUGGUUGUUAGGAAAAAAAAAUCAUCUCAGAAAGAGUGGUAGUGCAUUGGCACAGGCUGCCCAAGGAGUUGGUAGAGUCACUGUCCCUGCAGACAUUAAAAAGUCGUGUAGAUGUGGCCUUAAGGGUUGUGGUUUAGUGGGUACAGUAGGUCUACAGUUUGUCCAGAUGAUCUUAGAGGUCUUCUUCAACCUUAACGUUUCUAUGAAUCUGUAUGUGUGUGGCAGAGUCUGGCUGCUGGGGGCAAGCUGGCUCAGGCCUCCAUUAAGAUGCCUAGUGAUAUAGGGGCUGGCAGGGAGUGCACACAAAACACAGUAAGGGGCUGAGAGCACAAGAAAUUGUUUGCAUGGUUUGGAGAUUGGAGAGGAGAUAACAGUGAUAUGUUGUUGAUGGAGACUAAUGGUAAAGAAAAAAAAAAUGAUCUAAGGGAUGGAACACCUCCCCUACAAGUAUAGGCUGAGAGAGCUGGGGCUGUUCAGCCUGGAGAAGAGAAUGCUUUGGGGAUACCUGAGAGCGGCCUUUCAGUAUAUGAAGGGGGACUAUAAGAAGGAAGUGGAUACACUCUUUAGCAGAGUCUGUUGUAGUAGGACAAGGGGAAAUAGUUUCAAACUAAAAGAGCGGAGACCUAGAGUGGGUAUAAGGGAAAAGUUUUUUUUGCGAUAGGUUAGUGAGGCACUGGAACAGUUUACCCAGUGAAGUGAUUGCCCCAUCCUUGGAUGCAAUCAAGGUCAGACUGUAUGGGGCUCUGAGCAACCUUAGUGAGCUGUAUGAGACCCUGUUCAUUUCAGGGAAGUUGAACCUGAUGACUUUUACAGGUCCCUUCCAUCUCAAAUGAGUGUAUGAUAAGUCUGUAUCAUUGGUGGGCUACCAUAUAGGUGGUCACUGCAAUUUAAUAUCCAGCAGAAGUACAUCAAAAAGCAUGGAAGAGAAGAAGGUGAAACCAGAAGAGCAAAGUGCAGAAGAAUCAGCUUUCCAGGAAGCCCUACUAGAAUUUCAAAUUGAGAAAAAAGAAGCAGCAACUGAUAAGGUUUUGUUUGAUUUGAAACAAGUGGAAAAAAAGAACAAAGAAUAUAAUGAAAGAAAUGACAAGCUGAAGGAAGAACAGCAGGCACACAUCAGACGUAUACUAAGAAGAAUAGAAGAAAAGGAGCAAGAAAAAGAUGCAAAGGAGGUUGUAACUAGGAAUGAUGUGGAAGAAUCACUGAAAGACAAAUGGCAAUAUGCUAAGGACAAAGAACAAAUUCUGAAAGACCUGCUCUUCCGAACAGAAGAAACUGACCAACAACUUUUGGUAAAGCAGAGUGAGAGGGAUUAUUGGUUGGACUACAAAAAUGUAGGAAGUAAAACGGAUGCCAACAAGAUUAAGAGUCUGAAAAAAGACAUCAAGGAAGUCAAAGAUGACUUUCAGAGGACUGCAGAAUAUUACAGAAAUGCUUUGAAAGCAAUGAAAGAAGAGAAUGAUAGCCUGAUUGAGAUGCAUGUGAAAAAAAAUAAGGAACAGGCCCCAGAGAACGCUGUAAGAUACUUAGACAAAUGCAGCUGCAGAGAAAUUGAAGAGAAUGAGUGGCUAAAGGAAGAGGUUAAACUGUACCGAAAGGAAGUGAGAGAUUUGAAAGCCUCUGUUCAGCUCCUGGAAGAAGAAAAUAUCAGUUUAGUGAGAAAACUGAUGGAUAACAAAAUUCAGAACCUGAGAGUACCCAGGCAUUUGUUUCUUACUCAGGCAGCUGACUUGCAAGAUGAAUCUCUCCAGGAUGAAAUUAAAGGAGUAGAGCAUGGAGAGUACUCAGCAGAGACUGAUGGAGAAGAAAGCCUCAGGAGAGCCACAGUCUCCUGUCAGAAAAAGAAGUCCUUUCCAAAGAUUCAGUGUAAAACAGAGAUUGGGAAAUCACAGGACCGGGAUGAAGAGCUGCAAGAAAAGUCAUUGACUCCCAUUCUUAAUAGCUUGUUUGAAGUUGAAAGAGAUUUCCAGGAAUACUUAAAAUUGGGUCCUCUGGUGUCAAACCCAAUGUGUGUGGUUGGAAGAGCCAUGCCUAUUCAUAAAGAAUCGGAAGAAACACCAAGCAAGAGCCCCCCAAAAGGCGACUAUAUUGGUGAAUCUGACAGGCACAUCACAGCUCAGAUGAUCAAGGCCUUAUCUAAAGAAAAGCAGGUGUCUCCUUGAGCCGAAGGUGCUUGGAACUGACUACCAGCUCCUCAGAAACCUGGCUCUCAAAGAAGCAUAGAAACACAGGAGCCUUCAUCUCAGACCGAAUCUCCCUUGCACAGUGAACACUUAAAUGAGUUUGGAUGUGUCUCUGCUGUAAUUCAGUUGGGUUACUGCUAAGACUGAGGUGACCCCUAACAUUCAAGUGGCCAGAGAACGUGGGUCCAUGCUUGCAAGGUGCUCAUGUUUCCAGCCCAACAGAAGGCUCCCCUUGGCUGCAGUGGCUUUCUUUGAUUGAAGUACAAGCUGCAUGAGACAGCAUACUUGAAAGAGAGAUUAGUUCUGCUCAGGGGUGAGUCUAGCUUUUCGUUUAGUCACAGAACUAGAAGAUGGCUUAUGUGGAACAGCUUUGCUGUCAAAGAAAGGCCUUGCCUUCUUCCCACCACUCCCCAAAGGGCAUUUACAUUAGCGUAGGGCUCAUCUCUGUGUUUCUGUGUGCUUAUGUCCAUAAUCCACUGCACUUUGUAAGACAACUUCAAGUUGUACCUCAGAAAAAAUAACUUUGCAUCUUGAAAUUACUGCUUAGGUUCUAACCAUAAAUGCCUUCAAGGGUGAGAGGGAGUUAAAAAGAAAUCUGAAGCAUGUUAAUUAGAGCAGAAGCAACAGGCAGCCUGCACAAGCCAGGUGCAAGUGCCUUCAGUGAAGUGUCUCACACCCCCUUGAUUUCAAUAGGCUUUGCAUUUAAAGCCGGUGUGAGGCUUUUACAUGGGGAACAGCUAGGCCUUUAGCAAAAGAGCAUUUACAGAUCAUCUUGAGUGAAAUCACAUGGCAGGUGCAGGACAGCCAGGGGCUGAGGCCCAGCCAACAUGGGUUCAAUGAAAAGCAGGUCCUGACCAACCUGAGCUCCUUCUGGGAUCAGGGGACCCAGCUGGUAGAUGAGGAAAAGGUGUCAACAUGGUCCACUUCAGCAAAGCCUUUGACUCAGAAUUCUGCUGGACAAGCUGGCAAGCCCAGGGCUUGAGCAGGUACAGUCCUUGCUGGGUAAAGAACUGGCUGGAAGGCCAGUCCUUGGUGGUGAAUGGACUUAAAUCCAGCUGGUGAUCCCCAGGUGUCAGCACUGAGGCCUGUCCUUUUCAGUAUCUUUAUUGAUGACCUUGAUGAGGGAAUUGAGUGCACCCUCAGUAAGUUUGCAGAUGACACCAAGCUGGGAAGAAAUGUUGAACCACCUGGGUGUAAGAACGCCCUACAAAGGGAUCUGGACAGGCUGGAUCACUGGGCUGAGGCCAAUGUGAUGCAGUUCAACAAGACCAAGUGCUACAGGCUUGGGGCAGAGUGGCUGGAAGGCUGUUGACUGUUGGUCAACACAAGAAAGAUCAGUAUUCUUUGGGAGCAUGGUCACCUUUGAAUUCCCAUCAGUCAGAAAGUGUUGGUUUACUGCAAGCAUGUGGUAAAUGUACUCUGGCUAAGAAACACCAAUCCAUUAACUGCCUAAAAAAGCAAAGCAGAGUGGUGUAUAUUGUUCAUCUGUAGUCAUGCAAGUGAUUACUGGAGUUGCUUACCUCAGCAUCAUGCUGGGUUGAACCUUCUCUGAGCAACUUCCCUGUAGGGGAAAGCAACUGGACUGGAUUGUAGUCCAGCUGUAUAAGCCUGGUUUGGUGGGAGGUUUGCAGCCUCUGAGAUGCAGCGAGGUUAUGUAACAGUGAUCUCUCUGCAGGUGCAGACCUGCACAUAUUAAGAAAUGAGGGCAGAGGACUUGCUCUGCAGCACUCUCCUCAUUUGUUUGCUUCCUGAGAGAAAGGGUAUUACACACACUGCUUCUGUGGGCUAAAAGGAGUUUGCCAGAAUAAGGUCAAGGCAGAAGCUAAUGGACUGAAAAGUUACCCUAUAGUGACAGGCAAGGAGCAGAGAAACUAAUGGCAUUACCAUCAUAAACCUCUGAUGGCUUAGAGCUGAGUGGUCCUCUGAAAAAGACUUUCCUUUGGGUUUCAAAUCCACUGUAUGAGUAAGGAUGUUUCUUUACAACUCUAUGUUCCAGAGCUCAUGUUCUGCAGGGUACUGCAGGCACUGCGUGCUGUUCUGGGACAGUGCACAGUACAGGAUGCCAGCAGGUGUUCCCAUAGCUGAUCCACAGAACAGCUCCCCUGAGCCCUGGGAAGCUGGGAUUUGGCGGGGUGCUCACCUUUUCUUCACUUCUAAUAACUGUAGGGUAGCAAACAGCUCCAACUGUGUCCAAUAAUGCUUUUUGGCAAAAAUAAUACUUAAGCAAUUGCUGUAGCUGGCAUGGGGAAAGUUCAGAAGAGACACUGUGAACAAAGCAGAGAUCUACAACAUGAAGAUAAACCUGAGACCUCUGUUCUCCUCAGACACUGCAACCACAGGACUGCAAAUAUAUUAUAUGCUUGCAUUCAACACAUUUUCAUUGGCAUUAUCAGCUUCCGUAAUAACUUUUAAGUUGUCUGUCUAUUCCAAAGCUUCCCAAUCUUUGCCUCAGGAAAUUUCAUCAGCAGAGAAGCAAGAAAAGCAAGAAAUGUGUUAUUCAACUCAUAGACUGAUUUGUUACCUUGAGUAAGGCACCUCCCACAGGUGAAACGGAUGGAGCAUUUCCUCAGCCAGGGAGGGUGGCAGUGACAGUUCAGCUCCAAAGAAGCCUGUAUGAGGCUCUCCCGUCACUCCUGCCCAAGCCAGGACAUCACACACAGAUCUGCCCAUUCCCUUCUAACUCCAGUUUUUACACAAGAAAACAUCAGAAGUUUCAUCAGGAAUUCACAGCAUUUCCUUGCUGGGCAAGUACAAUGGAAGAUGUCAGGGCUGUUUCUGCUCUCCCUGCUGCAGCAUGCAAAAGCUACAAAGGUCAAGUCAGAAGACUGCCAACAGACCACAGAGAAAAAUCUUAUUUACAUAUGAUCUUAUUAACAUUGAUUCUUCUUCUGUAGUCAGCACAUUUGCCCACUACCCAUCACCUUAUCUUGUCAGCCUCCCGCUCCCAUCAGCAUUUACCAUCUCUCACAGUGCUUUUGCACCUCAUUCUCAUUUUUCUGCCACAGUCUUUAUCUCAAUCAUGUCAUGGCCUUCAAGCUGCAAUUCAUUUACAUCUCUCUAGCAUUUCUACCAGCUCUGAAGACAUGUACUUUUCAUCCAACAGGAGAUGCAGGGUUUCACCCGGUGCUCCUUGCUGAGGGGCUGUUUGGCAGCUGGAAGCUGCCUGGAUGGAGCACCUGAUGUCACAGACAGUCACGCACAAGCCAGCUGUAGGCAUUUCCUGAGGUGCUGUCAGCAUCAAUUUAUUGUAUGUGACCAAAAGAAAGGGGUGAGGCCCACGUCUGUCAGUAUUUAAUCAGCAUAGGGACAAUGCCCACAGUAAUGUGCUCUGAGUGCUGGUUAGCCCUGAAGUAGGCAGGCAGUUGGACUGAAUUACCCUAACAGAAGGUAACUCACAUUUAUUCCCUCAUCACUGAAAGUGCACAGUAAUUCAGAAGCAUGUCUGAGCUAUGCUUUUUCACUUGAUACAACUGAGUGUUAUUCCAGCAAUACUGAAAGCAAAUAUCCACCAGCACCAAGUUAAAUGGCAAAAUAAUCAGAGAUUUAUCAAUCCAGUUUAGUUUUUCCUGAGGAGUAAACUGUAAGCAAUGUUUAGUAGCAAAGCCUCCAUCAGGAAAGUGCAACCUUGUCAGCAUCUGUGCUCACAAACAGCAACUGUGAGUCAACAGGGAAGGAUAAUGGGACAUCAUCCCCGCAGCAGAGCCCGAAACCAGCAUCGUUUUCAAACUCGGGUCCACAGCCCCACACAGGGGCUUCAGGGGGAUCAGAGAUCCAAGAACUAUGAAAGCAGAUCUACCUCAGUCAACAGACCCAACAAAACAGACUGGAACCACUGCCAUCCUCCUCCUGCAAUACAGUAUGCACAUAUCAAAUACAUUUGGUAUUUUAUUAAGUAAACAAUGCAAUUAUCAGUGCACAUUUUCAAGCAGCAAAAGAAAAGCACCUCAGACGUUCAUACCGUAACAAAAUUCUGUGGAAGCUGCAUUUUAUUUGAAAAUCCACCCAUUUUUGCUAACGUACAUUUUAAUAUUUUAAACAAAAAUAGAAUCUGCAGAGACAAUGCAGCAAGUAUGCUUAACUCAUGUACAGAAUUGCUUUCAUAUCACUGACUAUCCUUCCGAAGGCCCCUCUCUACCCAGAAGUUAUGAUGUAUUUACACAAAGCACCGAUCAACAGCGCUACUUAAAUUCUUCAUUAACUAAAUUCCAGCUCGACGCCUGUCAGGAGGCUGCUUCCCCUUUUUGCUUUGAAAAGGUAUGUGAUCAAAACAUGGCACUCGCCAAACGAAAAGGCUUCCCCCCACCCCGACACGCAACACCUCAAUUGUUACAGAGAAGAAGGAAAGUCUUAAAGUGAAAGCAAUUCCUCACAUUCAUUUGGAAAGGCCUUAUAAUGUCAAAUGUAAAAAUAAUGACAUGCCAAGCACAAAGCAAUAAAGUUCCUUCCCAACGCA